AUGUGCAACUACACUCAAAGAGAAUUUCACUGCGGCCACGUCCGCUGGAUCGUCUCGCGGUGGUGCCCAGUCUACACUCGCACACAACGACGCUGCCCCCCGUGCGUGACACAUUUCGAGUAUAGGGGCGAUGAAGUUUGUGGUAUGUCCUCUCUCCACGGCAACGCCGUCCUCUAUCCUUCCUUUGCUUUUGGAGAGUCGAUCAUCGCCCAUUCAUCCACGCCGGGCAGGGGUGCGUGCUUCUGCUGUGUCUGUCUGCUGCCACGGAAAUGGGAUUGUGUCUCCAACUCCACUCUAACUCCAAGCACCUGGAAUUGGGACUGGCAUGGGGGUAUAUGGCAAGGAAAUUUGGCCCGCCCAGUGUCCCUGUUCACCCUCUCCUCUCAGAGCCAGAGAGCAUAG